CUGGGGCCGGAGGACAAUCCGGCUCAGGGAGACGAGCCCACGCCGCAUCCACGCGCUGAUUGGCCGGCUCCUGGCGGGGGCGGGCUCCGGGGCUGGUACUUCCCGCCCCCUGUGAGACAAGGACCUCCGGGAUUCCUAGAGAGGACGCGGAAGCGCUUUUGGGGUUGCGAUCGAUGGCUGCUGCUUAGACUGGCUUACUUCCGGCGAAGAAGUGUUGGGAGCUGUCGGUCUCGGUGUCCUCUCCGUAAGAACUCCAUUUUCCCAGCCUUGGCUGAGGUGGGCUCCCGGGAAGAGGGACUGGAGAGAGGAGCUACCCGGUAGGUUGUUGACUGCAGAAUGUGUCCCUCCGAAGAUUUUAAAGUGUAGAAAACGCUGGUCAGUAGCACAGCCAGUCAACCCCGGAGACGAAGUUGGAAUGAUAAUGACGGGAUCCAGGGAAGUUAUAGACUUAAAAGGUCCAGCCGAGAAGUUACCAGAGCAGGAAGACCUUCUAAUAGUGAAGGUGGAAGAAGACUGCUCUUGGAUGCAGGAGUUCAACCAGCCUUCCUCUUUUGAGACUUUCUACCAACGCUUCAGGCACUUCCAGUACCACCAGGCAUCUGGACCUCGGGAGGCCCUGAGCCAGCUGCGGGUGCUCUGUUGUGAGUGGCUGAGGCCCGAGCUGCACACCAAGGAGCAGAUCCUCGAGCUGCUGGUGUUGGAGCAGUUCCUGACCAUCCUACCCGAAGAGUUCCAGGCCUGGGUGAGAGAACGUCACCCAGGAAGUGGAGAAGAGGCAGUGGCUGUGGUAGAAAGUAUCCAGAGAGAACUUGAGGAACGCAAACAACAGAUUGUGGCGUGUCCUGGAGUGCUUCUUCAGAAGGUGGUACCACCCGCAGCUGUGCAGAAGUCAUCUGGUCACCAGUUCCUGCCUGUGGAUGCCCAGCCUGAUCAAGAGCCACAGAAGUCUGACCUUGUGGAGGAAAAUGCCCUUCCUGUUCUCCAAGUCCCUCCCCUUCCCCUGAAGGACAGCCAGGAGCUGACCGCCUCACUUCUCUCAGCUGGGUCCCAGAAGUUGGUGAAAAUUGAAGAUGUGGCUGAUGUGGCUGUAUCCUUCAUCCUGGAGGAAUGGGGACAUUUGGACCAGUCCCAGAAGUCCCUUUAUAGGGAUGACAGGAAGAAGAAUCAUGGGAGUAUUACUUCCAUGGAGUCCAAAGAUGACAAUUUGGAGCUGCUAGUAAAGCAGAUUUCUGAUAAAACCAACUUGCAUUGGAUGGCAGCAGGAAGCAUGGAAAAGAAUGUUACCCAGAGCCAAGACUUAGCAGAAGUUAGUGACCUUAAGGCCAUGGUGCAAAAGUGGCAGGCAAACCCCACAGUUGGGGAGUCAAGACAGAAAAGAGAUCUUCGCACAAACACAGAUCUUAACCGUACACAGAAUAUAAAUGGCGAGCGAGGUCACAGGUGUAGUGACUGCGGUAAAUUUUUCCUUCAAGCCUCAAACUUUAUUCAGCAUCGGCGAAUCCACACCGGAGAAAAACCGUUUAAGUGUGGGGAAUGUGGGAAAAGCUACAAUCAGCGUGUGCACCUCACUCAGCACCAGAGAGUCCACACUGGGGAGAAGCCGUACAAGUGCCAGGUGUGCGGGAAAGCUUUCCGCGUGAGCUCCCAUCUCGUGCAGCACCACAGCGUCCACAGUGGAGAGAGACCCUAUGGGUGUAAUGAGUGUGGAAAGAGCUUUGGUCGCCACUCACACCUGAUCGAACACCUGAAGCGCCACUUCAGAGAGAAAUCGCAAAGAUGCAAUGAUAAAAGAAGUAAGAAUACUAAACUGACUGUUAAGAAGAAAAUAACAGAAUUUUCAGAAGUAGACAUGGAACUAUCAGGAAAACUCCAAAGAAAUGCUUCUCAGGGUCAAGGUUGCAGAGAAGGCUAUGAACACCAAAGCAAAGCUGAUAGAGAGCAGGGUGUUCCCAUGAAAGAGACAGUAGGCCAUCCACCCUCAAACAGGGCGAACUGCAACAAAGUUGGCUAUGUCAACAAAAAGUCCUCUCCAGGAGAGAGACCACACAAGUGUAAUGAGUGUGGGAAAUGUUUCAUUCAGAGCGCACACCUCAUCCAGCAUCAACGAAUACAUACGGGGGAGAAACCAUUCAGUUGUGAUGAGUGUGGGAAAAGCUACAAUCAGCGUGUGCACCUCACUCAGCAUCAACGAGUUCACACUGGUGAGAAACCCUAUACCUGUCACUUAUGUGGAAAAGCAUUCAGAGUGCGGUCCCAUCUUGUCCAGCAUCAGAGUGUGCAUAGUGGGGAGAGGCCCUUUAAGUGUAGUGAGUGUGGCAAGGGCUUUGGGAGACGUUCCCACCUCGCUGGACACCUUCGACUCCACUCUCGGGAGAAAUCCCAUCAGUGCCGUGAGUGUGGAGAAAUCUUCUUUCAAUACGUCAGCCUUGUUGAACAUCAAGUGCUCCACAUGAGCCAGAAUAGUGAAAAGAAUAGCCUUUGUGAGGAAGCCUACAGUUGGAACUUGACAGUGAUCGAAGAUAAGAUGGAGUUACAAGAACAGCCUUACAAGUGUGACCUCUGUGGAAAAGCUUUCAGUUACAGUUCAGACCUUACCCAGCAUUAUAGAACUCACACAGCAGAGAAAACUUACAAGUGUGACUUAUGUAGAGAAGAUGCUGGCCAGUGUUUCCACAUAAAACCACAUCAGAAAACCUGUCCUGGUAUGAGACCUCACCAGUGUCAUGAGUGUGGAAGAGGCUUCACACAGAAGUCUCAUCUCGAUCAACAUCAGAGAAUCCACACUGGUGAGAAGCCUUUCCAGUGUAAGGAAUGUGGGAUGAGUUUCAGUUGGAGCUGUAGCCUCCUUAAGCAUCUGAGAAGCCAUGAGAGGACAGAUCCCUUAAAUACCUUAAGUGUAUAGAUAUUUCUCUUGAUAAAUGGCUCAAUUUCAGAGAUGCCUUCCUGAAGACAAACUCCAAUAGACUAUAAUAACAUCAAGCCUUUUUUUUCCCCCAACAUAACUGUCAAACAUAUGGAUGUGGUGAAAUCCUGUACUUAGAACUCAAGCUUUUGGAACACUGGAGUGUCCACAAUAAAUAAAUAUCUGUUCUCCCUGUUGAA